AUGACGCAAGCUUUACUAUUAUCACUACUACUAGUGAAAUAUGUUUUUGCUUAUAAAAUUAUAUGGGACAAUGAUGCCCAAGUAGAUUUAAACGAAAUUGAUGAAGAGUUUUUGAAUUUGGGUGAUCCAAGAAUGCCCAACUUGUUUAUUUAUCCUGGGGAAAAUAACAACAUGAAGAAUCUUGGAAAUCAACCUAGAAUAACUGAAUUAAUUGAAAAUACAGUCUCACACAUUUCAGAGUAUUCCUGGAAAACUAGUGAAGGAAAAAUUUUGAAACUUUUUGUAUGUGAAGAGGAAGGUACCAAAUGGUGCGGUCCAGGAAACAGGGCGAAAAGUUACGACGACUUAGGCCCGGCCAGAAGGAGCGACUUUUGCUGCAGGGAUCACGAUCAUUGUCCGGAAUUCAUUAGAGCUGGCGAAAGUGGAUUUGGUUUGAAUAAUACUGGACUUUUUAUAAGAUUACAUUGCGAUUGUGAUGAAGCCUUUUACAAUUGCCUGAAAUCCUCAAAAAGCCUAACUUCCUGGCAACUAGGCAACAUCUACUUUAAUUCAAGACCGAAAUCGAUCUGCUUCAAGAAAGAUUAUCCUAUAAUCAGCUGCAACAGCUUUAUUAAAGUAGGCCUAAACUAUAGAUGCUUGGAUUACAUUUUAGACCCAACAAACCCCAAAAAAUACCAAUGGUUUGAUCAUCCUAAAUACUAA